AUGUCGGCAGCUGGCAGCGCCACUCCGCAUAGACUGCGCCAGGUUAUCGUUGGAGAGAGGUCAGACUACAACUUCCAGAGCACACCGCGGCAGGGGCGAGGGCAGCAGGAGGCAGCGUGCAGGCGUACCCGCGGCGGCCUAGCUGCCGCAGCUGGUAGCGUUGCCCGUCGCCCUCUCAUCACUUUCACUUUGAGAGAUCGAGGCUUUGGGAAAAGGGACAAGGCCUGCGGGGGGGGAGCAGCGGGCAGUACACCGGAGACACUCGCAGUAUGCAACCCGGACCGGCUCUUGCACGACAGGACGAAGGAGGUUGAUGAUUUUCAGCAUUGGCAGUAUUUCACUUUUACUCGAGUGGCUGUCACAUAUUUUGUGGAGCUGAAUCAGGUGUGUGGGGACUGGCCCUUUCACCAUAUUCCAGUUGCCUUUUCGUAUCGUUCACCUGCGACCGGUAUUGAGAUCGUCUCGCCAAUUUGGCAACAGCACUUGACGUGGCCUCUCCUGGCAGUAUCAAUCCUCACUUCCUUUGGUUCCUCCAUGGCCUAUGGCUAUAACUUAGCAGUGGUGAACUCACCGGCAGAGUAUAUUAAAGGUUUCUACAAUGACACAUUCCUGGAACGAUUCAACCAGACCUUACCUGCCCCUCACCUGGUGCUGCUAUAUUCAGUAACUGUCUCAGUGUUUGCAGUCGGUGGGAUGAUUGGCUCUCUGCUCGUCGGGCUGCUUGUGGCAAGGUUUGGUCAGAAGGGCACCCUUGUAUACAGUACACUCCUGAUGUUAGUAGCCGGACUUCUGAUGGGAUUCAGCCGAGUGCUGCAUUCCCCGGAAAUGGUCAUCUUGGGACGCUUCCUGACUGGAAUCCAUUCAGGUAUUUCACUCAGUGUGGUUCCGAUGUAUCUGGGUGAAAUUGCUCCCAAAAAUCUGCGAGGAUUCCUGGGUUUAAUUCCUACUAUCUUCAUCUGUCUGGGAGUGUUUGCAGCACAAGUGCUGGGACUGAGUGAGUUGAUGGGGAAGGAGAAGGACUGGCCUCUCUUGCUGUCUCUGAUCAUGGCUCCAGCCCUGGUUGAACUGCUGUUCCUUCCUUGGUUCCCAGAAAGUCCGCGAUAUCUGCUGAUUCAGAAAGAGGACGUUGCAGCCACAGUGCGAGCACUGACGUGGUAUCGGAACAAGUACAACAGCAACCUACAGGCAGAGAUUGAGGAGAUGCAGGAAGAGCAGAGAUCAUUGACUUCCUUACAAACCCUCUCGGUUUUCCAGCUGAUAGCCGAUUACUCAGUCCGAUGGCAGCUCAUGUCAGUCAUUGUGAUCAACAUUGGGAUGCAGCUUUCAGGAAUAGACGCGAUCUGGUUCUAUACAAAUAGGAUAUUUGAAAAAUCUGGGAUCCCUAAGCAAUAUAUCCAGUACACCACUGUGGGGACUGGUGCAAUUGAGGUUGUUGCCGGACUGAUUGGGAGUUUAACGAUCGAGAGAGUAGGGAGACGUCCUUUGCUGAUUGGUGGAUUCAGCUUCAUGGGAUUCUCUUGUGCUGGGAUCACAAUGUCAUUACUAUUUGAGGUUCCAUGGAUGCACUAUGCCAGUGUGGCUUGUGUUGUUGGGAUUAUUGCUGGAUUCUGUGUUGGACCAGCUGGAGUCCCCUUUCUGAUGACUGCUGAGCUGUUUACCCAGUCACAUCGUCCAGCUGCUUACAUCAUUGGAGGGGCCCUCAACUGGCUGUCAAACUUCACUGUAGGUUUUGUUUUUCCAUUCCUUCAGAUGUCUGCUGGAGCUUACUGCUACCUGGUUUUUUGUGGGGUAUGUUGGAUUGUCGCCAUCUAUGCUUAUAUUGUCAUCCCAGAGACCAGAAACAAAACUUUUAUGGAGAUCAGUCAGAUGUUCUCCUCCAAAAAUGCAGCAAGAUAUCGUGUGCCUCUUGAGCUUCAGCUGAGGAAGUUUAAGGGAUAUGGGACUUUAGAAAACAGUUCUACAGAUUUUGAAACUUAUUUCAUGGAUGAAUAA